AUGGACGUUCGAGCGUUCUCUAUCCCGAAAUUCCGGAGAUUAGCCUCACCUCCGAAUCACGUCCUCAGCGGAGCCGUUGCUAGUUGCUUUGCCACCACUCCUCAUCAGCCUCCAUCCAACCUGUCGACCCCGUACUUCCUGACAUCAUCAAGGGCAGCUCGCUUGCUGGCCUACAGCCGACCGGACCGUCUCGAGACGAAUACCACCCAUCUGCCAUUGCUGAGGCAGACGCCGCGAGUUUUUCGCGAGCUUGACGACGCCUUCGUAACGAGCCCGAGCAACGAUUACCAAGUCUCUCGCAAUCGACCCCUGACUCGCGUGUUCAACUCGACCCCUACCUCACACGACAUCUUACCCUGCUCGACACCCCGCAACACCGCCAAGCUGUCUUCCCCAAUCCUUCUACAACGCACCGUCACUUUUGACGCGGCCAGCGAGUCUCAACGGACGCGCACCAGUGGCGGCAGUGGCAACGGCACUGGCACUGGCACCGGCAGCGCAUACCUCGACAUGGCAGAUCGCAACAAGGAUUCGGGGGGCCGGAGACGGCGCUCUAGCAGCAUUCUUCAAGUCUAUCACGAGCCUCCCGAGACACUCGAGCAGAUCAGUGACCAGGCGGCCCUACCAAACCUGAACGCUAACUGGACAAACGCUAAAGGAGCUUGGACGAUUCACAUUGUGCUCAUUGCAUGCUUGAAGAUCUUCUACGAUGUCAUCCCAGGAGUUUCGCAAGAAACGUCGUGGACAAUGACCAACAUCACAUACAUGAUCGGCUCCUACAUCAUGUUCCACUAUGUCCGCGGCGUGCCCUUUGACUUUAACAGCGGGGCCUUCGACAACCUCAACAUGUGGGAGCAAAUCGACAAUGGCGCCCAGUACACACCUACAAAGAAGUUCUUGCUCAGCGUGCCGGUGGUUCUCUUUCUCCUCAGCACGCACUACACGCAUUACGAUCUUGCGUACUUUGUGAUCAAUUUCCUAGCGGUGCUCGGUGUGGUCAUCCCCAAGCUUCCCUUUUCUCAUCGCAUGCGGUUCGGUCUGUUCUCGGGUCUCCCUGAAGAAGAAGAAUAA